AUGUCUUCGGUAGUAUACGCAGAAGCUGCUGGGGUUACGGAUCCAGAUAUGGUAUGUGCAUUCACAAUCGGGGUCCUUCACUUGAGCGCUACUCGUGUGUUGAAGGGGGAUAUUCUGUACGGCGACAGCGCAGCUCUAGUGGGGAGUACGUGGUCUCCUUUCAACGGACGUUACAGGACAUGGGAGCGUUUUGUGAAGUAUAGCCGUUUGCUGCAGCGCAGUAGCUCAAGCAAAGCAGCAAAGAUCUUGGACAAUGCCAGUUCCUGUCGUGUGUUUACAUGCGAACACUUUACCCUCGAAGUACCGCCGGAUAUUCUGUGGAGUCAUUGUAUUAAUCCGGAACAUAGAUCUCACCUGGGUCUGAGUUCGGAAGUGACAAAGUCUUAUCGUGUUCCUCCUAGAGGUUGCGUAUUGAGGGCCCCGGGAGUAUCUCCUCCAAUCCUCUGUCGACAAUGCACUUCAGGUUUCAAAUCAGCCAUCGAGGAAUAUGAGGACGAUGAGGUCUACGCUAUCUCUGGCUUACCAGCGGCUGUCGUGAACUGUGAGUCUUUGGGCAUUGCAUCAGGAAUCCGCCGUGCCGCUGUUUGGGCUACGAAGAAGGUUUGCUGUGACGACUGUGCUUGCAAAGUCACAUGCUGGGCCGACCAAGCAGCUUAUCUCGUCCUCGUUAGCUUGAUGAAGAGUGAGCCCGAUACAGAUGCUGUUAUUUGGUAA